AUUUCUUUUCGGUAUCCAACGCAAGGUGUUCCUUUUGUGUUUCUUACGUAACUGCGUAUUUCGAGUUUUCUCGUUGCGCUAACAAGCAUAUCUUUUCCAUUCUCGGCUCAGCAUUAUUAGCUCGCGCACGUUUGGAAACCAGCUCCAGAUUUUCUCUACGAGCCCUGCUACCGUAUUUUUUCCGUCAAGAUAGCGGCAUGGACGUGGACGAGACCACGCCCGGCCCAGCCACGUCUCACAACAUUUUACAAGCCAUCCAGGCUCUUCAACGAAAGGUGGACUCUGCCUCCCGGAAAUCUGCCAAGCCCGAAAGCUCCCCCUCCUUCAAGAGUGAGGGAAACAAGCAGCAAUACGACCACGCCCAGAACAUUUUUCAGUGCAUUGACGACGCUCUACAUUCGCUGCAGGAUAUCGAUAUCGAGGCCGCAAAGGAGCGUCUACUCGAGGCAUCCGCCCUCCUUACUCAGAGGCAGAAACUGAUUCGCCUGGCAGACCGCUCCCCUUUGGGCUGGGCCACAGUCAAAGAGUAUAUCGCAGACGACCUCGCGGAGAAUUCCGAUGACGAAAAACGUCUCAGAAAGGCGGAGAAGGCUGCAGCCACCAAAAGGGCCGAAACAGCCAAAAAGUCAAAGAUUCAGCCCCCAUUCCGGGCCCCCCGCUCUUCUGUACCUCCUCGCAUUAUGCCUGGGACUUUUCGUCGCUUCAACCCCUACCGUUCUGAAACCCGCAUCUGCUUCCAGUGUGGCAUCUCCGGUCACGUCCGCCCCAACUGCCCCGCUCUGCGAGCCGCUAGAAGUGCCGUCAACCAGCAACAGCCAUCCAAGGCCCCCUUCUAGUGCCCCACCCGCCUCAUCUCUCGACCCGCCUUCAGGCGUGCAAGCUAACUUUCAGAAACAUGGUCCGCCAAGCAAGACUCCAUCUCCGAUCCGCAUCUACGCAGCCUAGCCGCUGAUGUUCUUCCAUCCCUACUCAUGUCUGCCAAAGCUUCAUCUACCACAUCAAAAUACAAAUCCCGUUGGGACAAAUGGGUCCAGUGGGCGAGCUCCAAAUCUCUACCCACAUUUCCAGUCCAAGCGUACCACCUCUGUCUAUACCUUUCCCAUCUGUCUUCCGUUAGCGGAGCCAAGACUCUAGCAGAUUCCCUCGUCGCGUCAGUGAAAUGGGCGCACAGUCUCGCAGGCCUUCCUUCACCCACAGAUGACCCUAUGGUAAAAACAGCAGUGCAGGGGUAUAACCGGACUCACUCUUCCCCUGUUUGUCGUAAGGAGCCUGUUACACCAGAAAUCCUGUCCCAUCUUCGCGCAUCACACGGUCAGCUCAAUGCAUCUUUAGCUGAUCUACGCAUUUUGUUUAUAUGCUUCAUUUCUUAUGCUGGAUUCCUACGCUUCGACGACCUUAGCAGGAUAAGAAGGAAGGACUGCACUCUUCAUCAUGACAGGCUAGUCCUACACUUACCCUCUUCUAAAACCGAUCAAUUCCGCCAAGGCAGAGAUGUUACCAUUGCUAGGACAUCCAACCCGACCUGUCCCGUCAUUAUAGCCGAGCGAUAUUUCGCAGCUUUAGGCGAUCCUCCUCAUUCUCACCUACCAGUGAUUCGCAGGCUUGCUCGUUCCAAACGCGGUCUAGUCGCCACUUCUCACGGCCUAAGUUACACCAGAUCUCGCGAGAUUGUCCUGGAGGCGUUGAAGCCCCUUGUUCCCGACGUCUCUAAGUUCGGUUUGCACAGUCUCCGGUCGGGUGGAGCUUCAUCCGCUAGUAACAAUCGAGUUUCUCCCUUUCUGAUUUCACAACAUGGUCGUUGGAAGUCAGACAAAGCCAGGGACACAUACAUAAAAUCGGACGCAACGUCAAAUCUUCUUCCUUCACAAUCCCUCGGGAUUUAAGCUUCAAAUCCCAAUCCUUUAUCAUUGUUGUCGAGUUAAUUUUCUUGGCUGUGUUUUUGCUUAUGCAUACUUUGCAAUGUUCAUAUCAUUCUGAACAAAUAUGAGUCUAUUGAAUAAACAGCGAGCUAAUAAUCAUUGCCCAGCUCUGACCAAACAUGUUCAA